AAACCCACAAAGUUGUUGACGAAGGUUAAGCAAGCGUAUCAGCUGAAAAGUCAAGUGUACGCCGUGAACUUUGUAAUUGGUAAAUUAAUUCAUUGUUCAAACGUAUCGGUUAAUUUCCCGGCGUUUAUCGCCGAUUUAUCGGUUGUACAAAGGACUCGUAUCGUCGAGUGGAUAUUUAAAAGUAAAAUAAAACUCCUUUCUCUUUGUUUUCGACCGAGUUUUGACGGUAUGAAAGCCCGGAGAUUUAUCCCUUUGUGGGUUUCACUCGGACGGUAGACGGACUCGCCCCCGGGGGCGUUAGACAUGAGUGAAGACCAUGGAAAUUUACAAUUCUAUUUAUGAUUUUUCCUCGACGACUGUCGGGAAAUGGUCAACUGCCCUCGGCUCUUUUUAUGGAGAGAAAGAACAAGGCUGGCAGGGGUAUAUCUUCGCUUCGUUCUUUGCUGCGACGGCUGUCAUCUUCUUGGCUCAUUUCAUCUUCAAAAAAUGGAAAGGAAAAGUGCUGCCAGAAGUGAAAAAACUAGUUGGAGUUGGAUUCGGCGGAAAGCCGAGAUUCAGAAAAAGGGACAAAGUUUUGUUUUAUGGACGGAAAAUGUUGCGGAAAAUGAAAAACAUUUCUGGGCAAGUAAAACAAGGGAAAAAAAGAAAGUUGGUGUUGAAGUUUGCAAACAGAAUAUUACGUUUGAAGAAAGAUGCUGAUAGACCUCUCCAACUCAUUACUUUGGAACCGCCAGCUGAAUAUUUGCAAGAGGACUUGAAAGAUGAUCAGAAAGUGCCUCCUGAUGCUUUUUAUAUGCUUCAGAGCAUUAGAGUCUUUGGCCACUUUGAAAAACCCAUUUUUCUUAAAUUGUGCAAACACACGGACAUUUUGACAUUACCAGCUGGAUCGUUUCUUUUCAAAAUUGGUGAACCCGAUGAAAAUGUCUAUGUCGUUCAGAAUGGCAAGGUCAACGUGUUCAUAAACAGCACAGAUGGUGGGAUUAUUUCACUGAAGAUUGUUAAGCCGGGAGAUUCCGUAACGUCUCUACUGAGUUUCACUGAUGUCCUAACUGGCCACCCUCACCCUUAUAGAACAGUUUCUGCACGUGCUAUUGAAGAUUCGACUGUCGUCCGACUACCAAUGGCGGCGUUUCAGGAGGUUUUUCAAGAGUACCCGGACUCUUUUAUAAGAGUCAUGCAGGUCAUAAUGGUCAGAUUGCAAAGAGUGACUUUCACUGCACUUCACCAGUAUCUCGGGCUUACUGCCGAACUUGUUAAAUCUGGAAAAGAAAAGAAAAAAGGUCCAGGAUCACCUAUUAAACCAAGACCAGGAGAAACUGGAAAGGAAGAAGUAUGCAAUUUCCUUAACAAUCAAGGUGAAGAGGAACCCGAUUUAAGUGGUAUGGUUCAUGCUAGAAAAUCCAGAUCUGCAUUUGAGUUGAAACCGCUGAGUGAUUCAAUGGAUGAAAAGAUGUAUAUAAGUUGUCAGAGAGGUAGUGUUGGAAGGAAGUCAUUAGAAAGCGUGGAUGAGCAAUCCCUGAUUAAACUUGCCUCUGAAGCAUUCAUUAAGGAGCUGGGCUUGGAGGAAGAUACUCGACUGCUCGAUGACCGGGUGGAAAUCCGUCACUUAGCGUCCGGGAUGCCUCUUAUGCAGGAAGAAUCGCACAAAGAUGUUGCUCUAGUCUAUCUACUAAGUGGUGUACUACUCGUGUCUCAGAAAACUGCUGAUAUGACUGACGAGGUUCAUAUGUUCACUGCUCACCCAGGUGAAAUUGUGGGCGGGCUCGCAGUACUCACAGGUGAACCGAGUUUCUACACAAUUAAAACAAAACAUCAGUCGACUAUUGCUCUUCUAUCAAAAGCUACAGUUUAUAACAUUUUAAGAGAGAGGCCAAAGGCUGUUUUGCACAUUGCUCAUACAGUUGUUAGAAGACUUUCCCCAUUUGUUAGACAAGUAGAUUUUGCUCUUGACUGGGUGUUUUUAGAAAGUGGGAGAGCUGUUUAUAGGCAAGGUGAUGAAUCAGAUUGCACUUAUAUUGUGUUGAGUGGACGUCUCAGAUCAGCAAUAACGCACAGUAAUGGGAAAAAGGAACUAGUCGGUGAAUAUGGAAAGGGCGAUUUGGUUGGAAUAGUUGAAAUGGUAACACAGAAUCCAAGAAGCACAACUGUGAUUGCCGUCAGGGACUCAGAGCUUGCUAAACUGCCAGAAGGCCUGUUCAAUGCCAUAAAGCUACGGUUUCCAAUCGUAGUUACCAGGUUGAUAAACCUCUUGGGCCACCGGAUCAUUGGAUCAUGGCAGAAUAUGAGCACAGGCAGGUUGGAGAACCGUCCUACACAUAACAAUUUUAGCACUGUUGCCAUCGUCCCUGUAUCAGAUGAUGUACCACUUUCCGCAUUUACUUACGAACUGUUUCAUUGUUUGCAGGCAAUAGGCACACCUAUGAGACUUACAUCGGAAAUAGUGCGCAAAAAUCUUGGAAUGUGUGCAAUGGAUUCAAAUCAAGAGUACAGACUUACAUCUUGGCUUGCACAACAGGAGGAUCAGCACUCCAUAACAUUGUACCAAUGUGAUCAUUCUUUCACCCCUUGGACGCAGAGAUGUCUGAGACAAGCUGACUGUAUUCUAAUUGUUGGCUUGGGUUUUAAAGAACCCAGCAUAGGAAAAAUAGAGCAGGAAGUUGAAAGACUAGGGAUCAAGACACAAAAGGAGCUGGUCUUAUUGCACAAGGAAGGUGGAGAUCGUCCUAGUAAUACGAUCGAGUGGCUUAACAUGCGUCAGUGGAUUUCUUCCCACCAUCACAUCUUGUGUAACAAGAGGAUGUUUUCACGAAGAUCCCAAUUUAGAGUUAAUGAGCUUUACACAAAAAUAUUGACAAAUGAGCCAAACCCACAUUCAGACUUUUCACGACUAGCAAGAUGGCUUAUGGGCAUGUCUAUAGGUUUGGUACUCGGAGGUGGAGGCGCCAAGGGUGCUUCACAUGUUGGCAUGAUCAAAGCGAUAGAAGAGGCUGGAAUACCAAUUGACAUGGUAGGUGGAGUGAGUAUAGGUGCUUUUAUUGGAGGGCUUUGGUGCAUGUACAGGGAUACAGCUACAGUUACACAAAAAGCAAGAGAGUGGUCUCAGUCGAUGAAUCGUUGGUGGUCUCUUAUUUUUGAUCUCACUUAUCCGGCCACUUCGAUGUUCACCGGCCAUGCUUUUAACAAGACACUGAUGAAUGCAUAUGGAGAGACACGCAUUGAAGACUUAUGGGUACCGUAUUUUACGCUCAGCACUGAUAUUACGGCCAGUGCUAUGAGGAUCCACAGGCAUGGAGUGAUGUGGAGAUAUGUACGCGCAUCGAUGUCACUCUCAGGGUACAUGCCUCCUGUGUGUGACCCGACAGAUGGCCACCUGCUCCUUGACGGUGGUUAUGUCAACAACCUCCCAGGGGUACUUUGGACUUAUGUAAGAGCAAGCAUGACUAUUGCGGGUAUCCUUCCUCCUCUCUGUGACCCGACUGAUGGCCAUCUGCUUGUUGAUGGAGUUUAUAUCAACAACCUACCAGCUGAUGUGAUGAGAAAUCAUGGAGCCAAGCACGUCUUGGCGAUUGAUGUUGGCUCGGUCGAUGACACCGAUCUGACCAACUACGGAGAUUCACUAUCUGGUUGGUGGAUAUUGUGGAAGAGAUUCAACCCUUUUACAUCUCCUGUGAAAGUGCCGAACCUACCUGACAUCCAAUCCCGGUUGGCUUAUGUGUCUUGUGUUCGACAACUUGAGGAAGUGAAAGUAAGUGAUUACUGCGAGUACAUCCGUCCACCGAUUGACAAAUACAGGACUUUGCAGUUUGGAAGUUUCGAUGAAAUCAAGGAUGUGGGUUACAACCAUGGAAAAGCAUAUUUUACAGCUCUUUUAAAGUCAGGUCCUCCGUACUUUUUGAAGCGCCCUAGUAAUUGCAAACUGCCAGUUUCAAGUGAAGCACAGCAUCCAUGUCCAACUGCUUACAAAUUUACAGACCUUGCACAAAUGGUAUGCAAGGUUCCUAAAGAUAUGAUGAUGCAUGAAGAUUCUUCAUCGGAUGACUAUGAAGAGUAUGAAGAGGAUGCUCAUGAGGUUGGAUAUGCUUCAGAGCCAUCGGCACAUUUUCUACAGUCACCAGAUGCUCAGAUUUUGAGGAGUCGAGCAGGAGGCUCAUUAUCAUACUCAGAACCGGAGAUUGAAACUGAUUCUGAGAUGGAUGAAACAACCUUAAAGAAAUAGAUAAUUGCUUAUAUUUUAGAAGUUUUAGUAUUAGUGUGAUUAUUAAUUAUUAUAUUGGGGGGAUUUAAUGUACAAACGAAUUAUUGCAAACUGAAAAGACUUAGUUUCAUACUUUUUAUUUAUUAAAUUAUUUUGUACAAACAAAUGACCCUUUUUGAUGUCAUUGUCGUAUUAGGAAUAUGGUUAACAGAACAAAUAGUUAACUAGUCAAAUAAUCGAAUUUGUUACCAGAACAAUGUACAGCAUAGGUAUUUGAAUAUAAAUUAUUUUCACUGAAGUUACGAUGUAAGCAUAUCUUCAAUUUUUAAUUGUUUUCUUUAUGAAAUAAAAACAUGUAUAUUUAAAA